AUGUAUCCCACCCGUGCGUUCCGGAUGCAGCCCUCGCGGCCCUUCUACAGCCCCUCUCCCAAGGAGGCUCACAGCGCCCACACUAUCUCUCAACGUCUGCGCCAGAUCAAGAAGUGUCCUCCCGAGCUGAUUCCCCUCGGUGUUGUCCUUGGCGUUGCUGUCGGUGCGGCCAUCUACUCUAGCACCAAGAAGCUCCUGACCGAUAAGACUCUCCGUCUCCACCGCAACAGCCCCGAGAGCCGUGAGCACUAA